AUGUUAAUUCAACAUCUUACAAGUCCGGAAGAUCAAAAUGAAAACACCACACAAAUUACCACACAACAUUCAACAACCUGCACUAUCCUAAGAGAUGGUGGCGAGAAUGACGAAAAAGUAUACGAUGAUUUUCUUCGUAAUAAUUUUACGAAAUUUUCGGGAGGAGAAACCGAAGAUCCAGAACCAUGGUUGCUUGAAAUCCUUGCAACAUUCGAAUCACUAAAAGUUCUAGAAUCAGAGUGGCUUUCAUAUGUAUCCGCGUUGUUAAUACUGAAAGCACCAUUAUGGUAUGGCAAACAUAAGUCAAAAUUCAAGGAUUUUGAUAAUUUCGUGGAAAAAUUCACAAUAGAAUUCCGUCCUAUUGAACGUAUAGCUGGUAAUCAUACACCCACAACAACAUCAACUAGCGAUCAUACUACUACAACAACAAAGAAGCAUCCACUAGAAUUCAGUUUAAUUAAAACAUACAGUGAACAAGUAGUUAAAAAUUUAAAGAAAUUUAGUGAUAAAAAGGAAGAAAACGUCAUGAGGUGGCUCAAUGAUAUGCAAGUUCAAUUUGAUGCCAAUGUUAAACAAGAAUAUGGAUCAAAAUUUAAACAACAACAAGCGCUUGAACGUAUGCAUAAUUACAAACAAACUACAACACAGUCAGUAAACGAAUUUUAUCAUGGCAUUUUGGACAUUUGUCGUGAUUUUGAUCCAAACCAAACGGAACCACCUGGACAUAACCAAACUAAUCGAAGAGCAACAACAAGAUCCAGUAAUCCAGAAAAAGAUUAA